AUGGCCAAUAAAUAUACCCUCUCUAUGCUACGUUUGCUCUUCAGCGGUAGUGUCAAGAACUCAAGACGUGCUGGAGGACCUGAUCGUCCUGAGGGUACCAAGUUAGAGAGUAUCAGAAAUACUGACAAGAUCUUGACAGAUGAGGAGCGUCUUGAAAAGGUUAACAGGGAGAUUGAGAGACAGCAGGAUUUGGCUAAUCCUUGUGAGGGAUCUGACAACCUUUCUGACGGAGGCGACAUCACCAAGUCAUCAGAAAAGACUGUGUUGCGAGACUUGGACGGCGUUACCAAACCGUCAGACGUCGAGGAGGUGACCAAGUCUGCAAAGUCCAAGAACAUCAUCGAGUCUGUCCGCUUUUCGAAGUCCGGAUCUCUGGCCGAGUCUGCGGAGCUUGAAGACUUCGACAAGGUUGCGAAGUUUGCUUCGAACCUAAUCGGAGUAAGAAAGAGAUCAAGACUCGAUCAUGAGGACUCUGAGAUGAUUGAGGGCAAGAAGACCAAAGCUAAGACCGAAAGUUGGGGGUAG